GGAGGAGGUUACUGACCGACUGAGACACCCAGAGGCAGUGUGAGCGUGGUGCAGCUCCGGCGUAUAAAAGCAGCCAGCAGCAGUUGGAGUGACAGAGGACAUGAUUGUGCAACGUUACAGAGAGGCUGCCUGUUCUGAGAGCAGAGUUACUACUUGGUCUCAGAAUGAGGAAACACUUCAGGUGAAGAAGUCUGCUGACUUUGGAACAGCACGAGAGGAUAUCAAGAACAGCCUGGAUUAAUUUAUUGGAAGUUUAUCUUCAGUUAUGAGUAAUUGUCAAGAUCAGAGUGAUCCUGAUCAUCUCCAUGGAUUUAUUAUUUCAACGUAUCUUCUCAACCAGAGGAACCCCAUCAUGCCCGGAGCCCGGCGGUGAUGCUGGCCAUGCAGCGCUACAACUCCUCAGGCAUUAUCGCCUCCCUCCCCUCCUGCAACCACACCCCCGUGGUGCAGGAGGCCGUAGUGGUAUAUAAUGCCACCCGUCCAGCGAAGAACCCCAUGUCCGCUGGCCUCACCAUGACUCUGGGCAUCCUCUUCAACGUGGUGGCCCUCAUCAUCCUCGCCAAGGCUUACAACCGCUUCCGGCGGCGGUCAAAGGCCACUUUCCUGCUCUUCGCCAGCUCCCUGGUGGCGACAGAUCUGGUCGGACAUGUUAUCCCCGGAGCUCUCGUACUGAGCAUAUACACAGCAGGCACAGCUGAUGCCGUUCGAGGCGAUCCCGCUAACCCGGACGCGUCUUGUUUGUUUCUGGGAGGUUGCAUGGUGUUCUUUGGCCUUUGCCCUCUCUUCCUGGGCUGCGCCAUGGCCGCCGAGCGCUGCCUGGGCGUCACCAAGCCUCUGCUGCACGCUCGCCUGGUGACCACAGCACGGACAAAGAUGGCGCUGGCCCUGAUCUGGCUGCUGGCUUUAUGUGUGGCCCUUCUGCCCUUCUUCAGCCUGGGUGCCUACACGUACCAGUACCCGGGGACGUGGUGCUUUAUCAGGGUGAUGGAGGGCACCGAAACGACAGAUCUGGUCUUCGUCAUGCUGUUCUCUGGACUGGCUUUGAGCUCCCUGGCCUCGGCCUUCGUGUGCAACACCAUCAGCGGGAUCACGCUGGUGAGGGCCCGGCUAAAGAAAAGGUCCUGCUCCCGCCACCGCUCAGCCAGGUCCCACGACACUGAGAUGGUGGUCCAGCUGGUGGGCAUCAUGGUCACCUCCUGCAUCUGCUGGAGCCCUCUGCUGGUCUUUGGACUGAUGUCAGCCACACAGUCCUACAGUGGCUUCCUGGGCAAUGACAGAGAGACUUACAGGGGGCUGAUGAUAACAGGUGUCAGGAUGGCAACCUGCAACCAGAUCCUGGACCCGUGGGUCUACAUCCUGCUGCGACGCGCCGUCCUCAGGAAAAUCUACCGCAUCACCAAAAGACAGGCCAGCUUCAAGGGGAGCACGUUCCGCUCUGUUCGCUCUGAGGUCAGCUCUUUUCACACCUCGGAGAAAAAAAGUGUUAAUAAUAAGAUUUAAAUGGACUUAUGGAGGAAGAAAAGGGACGUGGCAUCUAUCGCUAUCUUUUAGGGAUGCCCUGUUUCUUGCCAGCGGGAUCACCACUGAGCCCAGCAGUCCAUCAUGGACUUAAACUCAGUGUUAAAAGGUCCCAAUGAAAAGAGCUGUCUCUCUUGGCUGGUGGGAAUGAGACCCCUGGUUUAUGUGUAUGAAGUAUAUGUGUUGGGAUCCAAAGUGGUUAAAAAGUGGAAGAUUUGAAAUAUCACUGACCAGCUAAUGAUAACCUCUUGGGUUGUUGUAUGAGCCAGUGUUAGACUACAAACUGAAUUAUAAACUGCUAAUGUUCGCAUGGCAGUCCGUCCUCUACGAGAGCAGAUGUAAAUAAAAAAAAAGAUGUUGUCGGUUGGAGUAUAAUGUGUUAACUUUUUGCUGAAGUGAAGACUGUAUCUAUUCAUAAAAAAAAAAAACAUCUCAACUCAAAGUUCUCAUUUUGUUCUCUGACACAAUGUAAAAGUCAAUGACUUCUUUAAAUGCUCACAUGAGGGAGCCAAAGAAAAGGCUGUGUGGUGUUACCUCAGCUUGAAGAUGUGAAGAACACCAUGUGUGUGUCCAAAUGUUGUGCUGUGACAUGAAUGUGAAUGUGUGUCUGUUAUUGUGUGUCUGUAAAUGUGUCUACAGUAUUUUACCCCCCCCCCGAGUGUGUCUGGGGGAUCGAAGUGAAGAUGCAAAAAAAGCUAAUUGAAUGUGAUAUUGUCAACAAAGGGGAAUGUAAGAUUUGAUAAUAAAUGCUUAUCUGUUGAUGUUU